UCGGCGCUGCCGAAAGGUCUGGUCGCAGAGGCAGGGACGCGUAAUCCUCAGCGUGCUCCAUCCCCGCGGCAUCCUUCCAGGCUCGGCCGGGCAGCGAGCCCCUGGGCGCCCGCCCUCUGCUCCGCGGAAAAGCCUGAUGAAGUCCUCCGACAUCGACCAGGAUUUAUUUACAGACAGUUACUGCAAGGUGUGCAGUGCACAGCUGAUAUCUGAAUCUCAGCGCGUGGCCCAUUACGAGAGUCGAAAACAUGCGAGCAAAGUCCGACUGUAUUACAUGCUUCACCCCAGGGAUGGUGGGUGUCCUGCUAAGAGGCUCCGGUCAGAAAAUGGAGGCGAUGCUGAUAUGGUUGAUAAGAACAAGUGCUGCACACUCUGUAACAUGUCUUUUACCUCGGCGGUGGUGGCUGACUCACAUUAUCAAGGCAAAAUCCAUGCCAAAAGGUUAAAGCUGUUGCUAGGAGAGAAAACUCCACUGAAGACCACAGCACCGCCCCUGAGCUCACUUAAGCCUCCGAGGGUGGACACUGCUCCAGUGGUAGCAUCUCCCUAUCAAAGAAGAGAUUCAGACAGAUACUGCGGACUCUGUGCAGCCUGGUUUAAUAAUCCCCUGAUGGCGCAGCAACAUUAUGACGGCAAGAAACACAAAAAGAAUGCAGCAAGAGUUGCUUUGUUAGAACAACUUGGGACAACUCUGGAUAUGGGGGAACUAAGAGGUCUGAGGCGCAAUUACAGAUGUACCAUCUGCAGUGUCUCUCUAAACUCAAUAGAACAGUAUCAUGCCCACCUGAAAGGAUCUAAACAUCAGACCAACCUGAAGAAUAAAUAGUGAAAACAUCAAUGAAGGGAUGAGAAACAGUAUCAGGAUUUCUCUGCCGUGGAGAAUUGUGUAUCAACCACCAGAGGAGGAUUCUUUCUUGAACAAUGAAACUUCUUAUGAGGAUUCUCAGAUUAACACAUGACUAAUCUUCGUUUUGGAGAGUAAAUGAGCUAUAUUUAUUUCUUCUUUUUUUAAAUUUUGUGUUAAGUUGUGAUGUUUAAACGGAUUUUUAAAUUCUUUCUUGAUAAUAUAUUUAGCACAUGUUCUAAAUUAUAACCUUAUACCAAACAGUGGGAGCAUCGUUUGAACUUAAAGACAGUGGAAAAAUCUAAGUCUCCAGUUUAUUCUAGAUUUCUUUAACAUAUAAAAUUAUUCUAUUAAAUCGUCAAUGAUUGAGAUGUAAACCACCUCUAUCAAGAAAUAAACAUUAUUUUUUCACCAUGUUGAACAUGACUGUGGCAACAUGCCCUGAAUGGGAAAGAAUCACUGGUCCUUCUCAUUUCACCUUCAAAAAUGUGAGCCAGGCUUGCCAGCUGAACAACAAGAAUGAAGAAGGUGAAAGAAGAAUCCUCAUCUCUGCUUUCUGAUCAUUCAAAGAACAGUUUCUCAAGGUCAAGCCAAGUCCUCUUUGCAAGCUGCCAAAAUUAUAGCUUAGGAAAAGAAUUAGUUUGCCUGCAUGAUGAUCCUCUUAGGCAAAAACGUCUUCACAGCAGUUGACCUUGAUGAAAUGUUUUCCCAAAGGCAUCCAAAAGAAGAAUUAUAAAUCCCAGAAUGAGAGAGAAGUAAAUGAACAUUUCUUAGGAAGCUGGCCUGAUUCGGGGGCUUUAAUGUGGGCUUCUGAUGAUUUGGAAGUAAGUGAGUAAAUUCUGAAGAAUGACAGCCUUGGGUUGGAUGAGGUCCCCUGUUCCUCUGUUUCUCACUGAAGUCCUCUUACUGAGCCAAGAUUCAGUCACUUUGGGAAAAACAGCAGUGGCCAGUAUGGCAGACUGGAACACUUACUCUCUGAUGGGGAGUGUCUGGAGUGUAAAUCAUAAAGCUCUUUAGGUUUCAUUCUCCAUCAGGACUGGAUUCGGUGUCCUGCAGGCUGGCUGGGAAGCCCGGCAUUUAGCUUCUAUUCAGAUGCUUCUCGUCUCUGGCUGAGAUUGCCCUUUGUACAUUGUGACCACAGGCAAUUGAUCUCCUGGUGUCAGGUUUUCUGGUUGCCUAUUGUUUUUCCACAGAGAGCCGAGGUGGUUACAACUCAGUGAGCAAUAAAUGAAAUGACUUAGAAAUGCACAGUGUUGUUAUUAAGGUGUUUGGAAUUUGGCCCCAUUCCCUGGAGGAGGGCCCGCUCCGGAGGGAUCAAGGCGGCCAGUGUCCAUCCUGCAGAAAGAGCAGCCAUCCAGCCACAGAUGUC